AUGGCCCCCUCACUAAUGCCACUACACACCUCGCAAACCGUCCAGUUCGCGCUCGCGGCCUCCAUCGGCGCCAUCACCGCCACGACGCUCAUCUUCGGCUCGCUCGCCAUCCGCCGCCGGAUCGCGACCGAGGACCUCAAGGCCUCGAUCCCGGAGCUCUCGGAGCAGCACCAGGCCCUGCCCCUGACGGAUUUCGGUGGCGCCAAGCGAGCCAGCAAGGCCGCGGACCCGGAGGAGGCGCGGGCGGCGCGGAUCGCAGCCAGGGCGAGGCGCGGCGAGUACGAUGAGGCGCUGAUACUGGAGCAGCUGGCGAGAAAUCGGGUGUUUUUGGGGGAUGAGGGGUUGGGGAAGCUGAGGGGCGCGUUUGUGGUGGUGGUGGGGUUGGGGGGCGUGGGGAGUCAUUGUGUGGCGGCGUUGGCGAGGAGUGGGGUGGAGAGGAUUCGGGUGGUGGAUUUUGAUCAGGUUACGCUGAGUAGUUUGAAUCGGCAUGCGUUGGCGACGGGGGCGGAUGUCGGGAGUCCCAAGGUGCAGGUGGUGAGGAAGCGGUUGGAGGCCGUGGUGCCGUGGGUCAGGAUUGAUGCGCGGAACGAGCUGUUGAAGGGCGAGAAUGUGGAGAGAUUGUUGGGUCCGUGGGACGAACAGGUUCAGGACGGGGAGGAGGAGAAGAGGGUGGACUGGGUUGUGGAUGCUAUUGACAAUAUUGAUACCAAGGUGGAGUUGCUGAAGUACUGUUACGGACGAGGGAUCAAGGUCAUCAGUGCUAUGGGCGCGGGGAUCAAGAGUGAUCCCACCAUGGUCUUGGUGGGGGACAUCAGCACGAGCUUCGAGGAUCCGCUCAGCCAGGCGACGAGGAGGAGACUACGGGUCAUGGGCGUGAAGGAAGGUAUCCCGGUGGUAUUCUCAACAGAGAAGCCGGGCGAAGGCAAGGCUCAGUUGCAGCCUAUCGCGGAUAAAGAGGUGGAAAAGGGCGAUGUGGGUGCUUUGGGAGUGCUCCCUGACUUCCGAGUGCGGAUUCUACCUGUUCUGGGCACCAUGCCGGCAGUCUUCGGCUACGCAGCAGCAAACCAUGUCAUUUGCAGUCUCGCAGGCUAUCCGAUGGACUAUCGAGUCGGAGAUCGAGGUCGAGACAAGAUGUACGAGGGCAUGCUUACGACGAUGCAGGGCAUGAUGGGACGGCUUGUUCGACACGAAGGGGACAAUGGUAUUGGCUUACGCGUUCCUGUCAGCAAGGACGAUGUUUCGUACUUGGUUGAGGAGGUAUACCGCGGCAAGAGCGUUGUUUCAGGUCUCUCAACACGCUUGGCUCUGGUGCCGUGGAAGCUCCAGGGGGGUUUCAUGCCGCAUGUGAAGAACGAACACGGCCAGAAAUAUAUCAAGUUGAAGUUGACGGAUCUCGUGCUGAUGACGAAGGAGGAGGGACAAAGGCAUGAGAAGGAGGUCUUGAUGGGUGGUCAAGAUCCUGACACGUUCUACGACCGUGAGGUUCUCGAUACGGUGAAGAGACGUCAGGAAGAGGAACGCCAGUUUGAGAAAUACAGGUGA